AUGCCGUUUGCUCCUUUCGUUGGCGUCAACCACCAUGGUCAAUCAAUAUUGUUAGGUUGUGGAUUGUUAUGCUCAGAGGACAUAGAUUCAUUUGUUUGGCUAUUUAAUUCAUGGCUUAGGUGCAUGUCCAAUAGAGCGCCCCAGGGAAUUGUUACCGAUCAAUGCAAAGCAAUGAAGAAAGCAAUAGAAAUCGUGUUUCCAAACAGUCAUCAUAGGUGGUGCUUGUGGCAUAUAAUGAAAAAAAUACCUAAGAAGUUACAAGGCUAUGCCGCUUACAAAGAUAUCAAGCGACAACUAAAGCAAGUUGUGUACAAUUCUGAUUCAGUUGACGACUUUGUUUACGGUUGGGAAAGGAUGGUAACAAUAUUUUCACUACAAACAAACGAAUGGCUCUGUUCACUUUACGAAGAGCGAAGCAGGUGGGUUCCAUGUUACCUGAGAAACAAUUUUUGGGCUGGCAUGUCAACCACUCAAAGAAGCGAGAGUAUNAAUGCAUUUUUUGAUGGAUAUAUUAACUCACAAACUACUCUUCAAGAAUUUGUUAAACAAUAUGACAAUGCACUACAACACAAGACAGAAAAAGAAACCCAAGCUGACUUCACAUCCUUAAACACAACUCUUCCAUGUGGGUCACAAUCACUCAUUGAGCGACAAUUCCAAAAGAAUUACACACAUGCUAAGUUUGCAGAAAUACGGUCAGAAUUUAGAGGAAAAAUUAAUUGUUUUGUUGACGGUGUUGUUGUAGAAGAUAAAUCAUCAUAUUACAAGGUGACAGAGGACUCCAUUCAUAAUGAGAUAAGGGAAGAGAGGGUAUUCAAGGUUACAUUUGAACGAGAUACAAAGAAUGUGAGUUGCAGUUGUUUGCUUUUUGAGUUUAGGGGUAUUAUUUGUAGACAUUGUGUAUGUGUCCUGGCACAAGAGCGAGUAACACAGCUUCCUGCUAAGUACGUACUAACAAGAUGGUGUAAAAAUAUCCGCAGAAAACACACGUAUAUUAGAGCAACAUACAACAACAAAGAAAAGGAUCCACAUAUUGAACGGUAUGAUAACUUAUGCAAGACUUUUGCUGAUAUUCCUGAGAUUGCGUGUGAGUCAACAAACAUGACAGAAUUAUUGAUUGACCACCUUAGAUCAUUUGUGGACCAUCAUGGCCUACAAAUUUCACCUUCACCUACACCUUAUGUCAACAACACCACUCACAAAGAACAACAACACAUGCAUCAUACUAACGUAGCUCAUGAUGUAGACACAAAUGCAAACAAUGUUGACAUCCAAAGCCCUCAAGUUGUGAAGCGAAAGGGUCGACCUAGGACAAAAAGGUUGAAAUCCACAUCUGAAAGAGUAACAAGGAAGAAACAAUGGGCAAAACAAAGUUGUCCAACAUCUAUUCAUAUUGCUGAUGCUAUGAUGGACGGACCGAAUACAACAUUCAGCAAUGAAAUUGAUGGGACACUAAACACAGAUUACACAACAACGAACUCAAUUGGACCGGUAUCAAGUGUGCAAUCCCCUGGGUUCAUGUCACUACUUGCAUCAUUACACAAUGACAUGCAAAACACGCAAUCGUCCACAACUAACAUCGAGAAUGUUUUUCCGUAA